AUGGCUAAAGCCAUCUCAAUGGUAUUUCCAGAUUCAACACACAGAUGUUGCAAGUGGCACGUCUUCCGGGUUGCAAGGACGAAACUAGGGAAGAUGCUGGGCAAGGAUGAGCCUUUUGCUGAAGCAUUCUAUGGUUGCAUCAAUGAUUCAGAUACCGUUGAGGAGUUUGAAGAACGGUGGAAGCAGAUGGUUGAGUCAUUUGGUGUGGCUGAUAAGAAACACCUCAAGAACAUGUGGGACAGCAGGGAGAUGUGGGCUCCUGUGUACUUUAGGAAUAAGUUCUUCCCAUUCACAGGAACAACUGGGCGGUCCGAGGGCCUGAAUUCCUACUUCAAGACUUUAAAUCAUCAUGGAGACUCGGUUUGGACAUUUGUCCAGCAGUUUGAGCUUUGCCAGGAGCUAAUGCUUGAUCGUGAAGACAAUGCUGGCUUCAUCAAUGAAGCGGCGAGGCCGCCACUCUGGGGAAAUUACAACAUUGAAAAGCAAGCUGCAGAUUUCUAUACCAGAGAGGUAUUUUCCAAGUUUCAAAAAAUGUUGGCUAAAUCAACAGGCUAUGGUCUGCAAUAUCAGCUGCAAGGGUUACACGGUGUCGUCUGGUUUCGCAUUGUUGCAAAUUAUGGCGUCAACCCUAAAGUGUACACGGUGCGUGUUGCCCCUAAAGAUCAGACAUACAUGUGCACCUGCAACAUGUUUGAGAUGUGUGGGCUGAUCUGCCCACAUAUCAUCCGUGUCAUGGUGCACCUGAACGUGCAAACGAUACCUGCGACUUACAUGCUUCCAAGAUGGUCUAAGAGAGCAACCGACCUUGCGCCUGAACCGGGCGAUGGGCAUAGAGCUAUGCAUUUCGGCGUCCCCACGACAAACACCCUAAAGUUUAACUCUCUAUGCCGGAAGUUUGGGAAACUCGCUUCUGAUGCAUGCUUCAAUGAUGAAGCUUAUAGUUUUGUCUCUGGGCUAAUUGAUCAGGGUAGUGUUGGGGUUGCUGCAAUAAAAGCUAGAGCAACUGAUGGGGUUGCAGGAGACGAAGAAGCCCGAGGUCAUGCAGAAAAUGCACAAGUCUCAGGGGGUCCAAGUACAGGUCAGCGGGAUCCACCCCCCGUAGGACUGCGGAACCCACCAAAGUCAGCAAAGAAAGGGAGGCCAAAAGAGAAAGAGAAGCGCAGGAAGCCACUAAUUGAGAUUCGAGAAGAUGAAAUGAAGAAGAAAGCAAAGAAGGACGCAGCGAAAACGAAGAAAGCUCCAAAGCCAAGGGAAAAGAAGACUCCAUGCAAAUAUUGUGAAGAUGAAGAUCACAACGUGAAGGAUUGCCAACUCCUUGCAGCUUUUCUUGCUGCGAGUGCGAGCGCGAAAGCUCCGGGCGUCGAAACAAUCCUUACACUUUAG